AUGGACGCCAAUCGGUCUGUACCUCGCAGUUCCCUGGACUUAACGGUCCUGGGGUUAAAUAGCGGUACUUCAAUGGAUGGUAUCGACUGCGCCUUAUGUCGUUUCCAACAAGAAACGCCCGAAUCUCCUAUGAAAUUUGAGCUCAUCAAGUAUGGCGAGAUUCCUCUUGGGCAGACCAUCAAGCAGCGGGUCAUGAACAUCAUUCUCCACAACAAAACAUCUCCUUCAGAGCUAUCAGAGGUGAAUGUCAUCCUCGGUGAAACGUUUGCAAAAGCCGUCAACCAAUUCUGUCAAGAAUACGAAGUCGAUCUCUCAUCCGUCGACGUCAUCGGAUCUCACGGCCAGACCAUCUGGCUUCUCUCCAUGCCCGAGGUAGGAGAGGUACGCAGUGCCCUCACCAUGGCCGAGGGCUCGUUUCUCGCCGCCCGUACAGGGGUCACCACUGUGACCGACUUUCGGGUUAGUGAUCAAGCAGCUGGUCGCCAGGGCGCGCCGCUCAUUGCUUUUUUCGAUGCCUUGCUACUACACCAUCCGACAAAGCUACGCGCCUGUCAGAACAUUGGCGGAAUCGCUAAUGUAUGUUUUAUCCCGCCUGAUUCCCACGGAGGUAUUGACGCCUGCUAUGAUUUCGACACUGGCCCGGGUAACGUAUUUAUUGAUGCUGUGGUCCGACACUACACCAACGGUGGGCAGGAAUAUGACAAGGACGGCGAGAUGGGCGCCCGCGGCACAGUGGAUCAGGAAUUAGUCGAUGAAUUCCUCCAAACUCACCCGUACUUCCAGCUGGACCCUCCAAAGACCACAGGUCGUGAGGUCUUCCGUGAUACUUUGGCCUUCGAUCUCAUCCGUAAGGCAGAGGCCAAAGGCCUCGUCUCGGAUGAUGUGGUCGCCACCGUCACCCGCAUUACAGCACAGGCCAUAGUAGACCAUUACCGACGCUAUGCACCCAAGGACCUCCUGAUCGAUGAAAUUUUCAUGUGUGGAGGCGGUUCCUAUAACCCCAACAUCACAAAAUACAUCCAAGAGCAUUAUCCCAACACGCGGAUACUUGCGCUGGACGAGGCUGGUGUCCCUGCUUCUGCCAAGGAGGCCAUCACCUUCGCCUGGCAGGGAAUGGAGGCCAUUGUUGGACGUUCCAUUCCCGUCCCAGCUCGGGUCGAAACUCGGCAGCCAUAUGUAUUAGGAAAAGUUUCCCCCGGAAAGAAUUAUCGUAAGGUGAUGCGGCAGGGCAUACUCUUCGGAAGCGACAGGGACCAUCUUUCGCCGGUGAGCGAGAUGGUGAACUACGUAGAUGGGGAGAUCUUUGAUAAUAAAUGGUGA